AUGUCCUCUGUUGCAUCGCUAACAUUGAUAUCUCAACAGUUUACAAUUUAUUUUGGCGUUCCAGUCUUUAUCUUUGGUCUUAUUGGAAAUUCUUUCAAUAUUCUCAUGUUUUCAUCGAGAAAAUUAUUUCCAUUUAGUCCAUGCCAAUUGUAUUUACUUGCUGGAUCAAUUUCAAGUUUAUUUGUAAUUGUUACUCCACUUUCAUUACGUAUAUUAAUUGGUUUACAAUAUGAUUUAACGAAAACAAACCUAUUUCUCUGUAAAGCACGACAAUAUUUAGGUCACGUUUUCAUAUUAGCAUCGUUGACAUAUGUCAGUUUGGCAACCAUUGAUCGAUAUUUAAUUAGCUGUCGAGAAACUCGUUUUCGACAGAUGAGUAAAAUGUCAACAGCACGACUGCUGUGUACCGCAACGGUUGUUUUCUGGUCUUUACACGGUUUGCCCAUCGUGAUAAUGGUUAACAUUUAUCCAGCUGCAGGAAAUCAAACUGUUUGUGUUAAUCGAUCGACAGUCUAUGGAUACUAUCUAAAUUAUUUUAUCAUUUUAAUUCUCUACAAUAUAUUACCAUUAGCAAUUUUUGUUAUAUUUGGAUGGUUGACAUGGAGAAAUAUUCACCAAAUUCAUCAACGACGCGUCGGACCUGAACAACAAUAUUUACCUACAAAUCAACGUCAGGAAUCUCGAUUAACACGAAUGUUACUAUUACAAAUUUGUUCGAUUAGUCUAUCAACAACACCUUAUACAAUAAACAGUCUGUACACUGCAAUAACGAAUCAAAUACAAAAGGAUUCUUUAAGAGCAGCACAAGAAAAUCUUUCUAUAACAAUGACUAGUUUACUGUUUUAUUUAAAUUUCAGCAUUAGUUUCUAUGUUUAUCUCAGCUCGUCAAAAUCAUUAAGAAAUAAGUUCUUUAGAAAAUUACUUUCAACAUACAGUAGGUGUCGACAAGGGACACAAGCUGUUUCGACAAACAGAGCAGCAGCAGCAGUCAAUAAUGCAGGUCAAACAGCAUAA